UUAUUUCUCUUCAACGACUCUCUCAGACGAACUCUUAUGCCCAAUGUCAUCUACUCCCCUUUCCGUUCCAUCGAAUCCAUCAAGACGUCGCCGACAGUCGAACUCAAGCGUCGCGAGUAGUCCCAAUAGCCAAGCCUCGAACAGUGAAGGUCGUACCCCACACUGGCAAAAAUCUCUCUCGAGAAAACGAGCGCCGACUGGACUUUCUCUCGUUACAGUUGCUAAACCGGAGUCUGGGUCGAUCCUUCCAAGCGCUUCGGACAGGCUUCCUCGCCCGAGGCUUAUGCAUAUGAACUCCAGUUCGAGUUUGAACGAAGCUGAGGGGCGGAAGGUAGAGAGGGCGGACUCGGCGUCCAUUAGGUCGGCUAGGAAGCAGGAGGGUGAGGGCGAGGAUGGGAGCGGGCGAGGGAUAGACCUGGACGAGGCCAUGCAACGAGGUAUGACCGAGGGAAUUGUUGGUGAUGAGAGAUCAGGCAGCAGGCCGCAAGGAGAUGAGGGAGUCGCUACAAGAGGAAUGACCCCUGGUACGAAGUCAUCGUCUAUACCUGAGCUCGACGAUUCGUCUCCGAAAGCUCUCGCGCCCAAGGUCCCUACUCAACCUCAGAUCCAAGACUCUGCCCAACAAGAAUCAGGAGGCGCGCAAGCACGCGCUUUUACCGGUACCGGAGGCGAAAACGAUUCGAACGCCACGCCGGCGUCGCCCACGAAUAACAAUAUCCUUCAGAAGCCCAUGACGACAUCGCCAUCCUCGUCGCUUCCCCCUCUUCCUUCAAAUUCACCAUCGCCUACGCAGUCUGUGCCAGCGCCUCAGCCAUCGCUGCCUCCUAGUACAUCUUGGUUUGCUUCCUUCUCUAGGCGUCGUGGACAAGAUACCACUCCUUCGGUCAUGGAGGCCCAGACAGAGAAACCCCCCGCUCUACCCCAGCCACAGGUAGAGAAAUCCAGCGCCGGGCAAGAUGCAUCGUCUGCUACCACUGCAUCUUCUGAAGCUGCGAUUUCGAACACAGAACCUGCUCCCACGCCGAUCGCCACCGCUUCCUCCCCCGAACGCGCCUCCGCACCCCUCCUGAAUAUCACCCCUCCUACCCCUCCUCGCGGACGCCCGGAACCCGAACCCACUGCCAGAGCGCAAUCACCACUCGUUUCCUCAGAGCCCACCGAGAGUACUUCCUCUGAAGCUCAAAUCAUACCCGAGCGGAAAUCUGUAAAGCGAUCUUGGUUCGGAAGCGUAAUCACGACGACUGCGUCUAGUACCAAGAACGUCGUACCUACAUCAUCUCCAACGAAUUCAGACUCGACUUCCGGAUCCAGCCCUCCGCAGAUCACUGUAACGCGAACGACCGGUACUCGAACAGAGAUUUUUUCAGACGUUCCGCAAUCACCGUUUACGCCUUCCUCCGUAGACGACGAAGUUCCGGAUUACGCUCUUGCCCGUCCCUCGCCCUCUCCCCAGACCGUUCACUCCCAGCAAGAUCAAGCCACGCAGUCCACCACCCCACCUCCCGAGUCUUCCUCGAGUUCGAAUCCGUUGGUGGCGACGGGCGACAGUGUCAACCAGCGCUUAUCGUCCCUCAAUCCGAGUACAAGCCGGUUCAGCCUCAGUAUUCCGUUGUUGGGUAGGCCGAAAGUACCACUCGACAAGGCAUUGGCUGUGGCACAAGCGAGUGGUGUAGGUGCGUCAGAGUCUGGCAAGAAGAACACGGGUGAGGGUGCAUCUGGCAGUGGCUCGGUUACGGGCACGGAUGUCGUGACGUCGCCCACCGGCAUCCCUGAAGAGGAUUCCCAGAGCGCCGAACAGACUACCACUGUGGAGAACACGAACGUAGUCCAAUCUGACGAGACCAGCGCCGCGACUACCCGUACGGUGCAGACAUCUACUUCUUGGUGGUCCUACGUCGGCUUGACGCCUUCUGGCUCGCAACAAGAUGUAUCCACGCCAGCCAACGUAGAUGACCAAGUCAAGGCAGCUCCAUCCGAGUCUACACCUGACGUUGCCGUCACGCCCUCGAACGACACUCCCGCAAACGACACUCCCGCUCCCGAGAUUUCAGUCGUCGAAGCUCCUGCCGAGCCAGAUGCAAAACCCACGGAUCAGCCUGUCUCCCCAGAGGCACAUAAAGCCUUGAGCAUGCGUUCGCAGGAAACGACAAACAGUGCCUGGUACUAUCCCUGGGCGUGGUACUACAGUACAUCCACGACUGAGAUGGAGACAUCUACCGACGAGUCCGAAACCCGCGGCCGCCAGAACACGAACGCCGGCGUCUGGGAAGGCCUUACCCCGUCCGAGCAGAUCAAGGAAGAAGCACUUGCGCGAUCGUCUUCCGCUCCUCCCAGUUCUAAUCCUACGGCCGACGCUCAACCUCCACUUGGCGCUGCCGAACAGAUACCGUCGAGUCAGAGCACGAUGACGGUCGAUGCUUUCAAGAAGGAACAUAAUCCGAUUGAAGGGUCGAUGGCGAGCAAUAUGAGUGGUUGGAGUUCUCUGUUUAGUUAUGCGGGGAGGACGCUGAUGGCGAAGAGUAUCGGCGCAGGGGAGGAUGGGACUGCCAAAGAGGAGGCCGGCGGAAUGGAGGUUAUGGAUCUAGACGAAGAAGAAGGAGAGGGCGAGGGUGCUGAAGCUUCGGGAGGCGCGGGGUCUCAAGCCCAGACGACCUCUGUAGCGCAGACUCAAUCUCAGACGGUGGCCACCAAGGGCAAACCUCGUUCGUCCUCGUUACUCGGACCCGCGAGUCAGCCUGUUUCAGUUAUCAACAAGAAAUCGUCUCUUUCCUCCGUUCGUUCGGGAACACCAUCUCCCAAAUCAUCAGAACGCCCGAAGUCGCCUGCUGCCUCGGGAAGCAAGACGCCACCGCCACCGACCUCUGCGAAGCCGAAUCUCGUUCUACCGACCUGGGAAGAUACGUUCGAUAUCCCGCCCAGGUCCAUUGUGCCUUUGCCAGAGAGGAAGGAGGACGACGAAGGGACGUUGAAGAAAGGUUGGAAGUUUAUCAACAACGUGUUGAUCAAUCCGCCAGGCGGCCCGAAAAUCAAAGGGAAGGCUCGAUCAGCUCCUUUGAGCGGAGGUUCAAGGCAACGAACGAUUAGCGAAAGGGGUGGUCUGCGCGGUAGGCCUGGUAGGAGCGGUUUGAGUGGGAAGAGAGAGGAAGGUGUUCCGGGUGGAGAGGGACGAGAAGGAGUGGAUGAUUGGAGCUCCUUUGGUUUGGGAUUGCCGAGGUCGCACGAAACGAUGAGGAAGCAUGCGCCUCAGGACGGUGGGGUCAAGAGAAGCAGGCUUAGGAGGGGCUCUGUUUCGAGUUCUGCGGGUCCUCUGGGAGAUGAGGCAGAAGACGUGUUGAGGGGAUGCAAAAGGGUUGCGGUGUUGGCGAUUCAUGGAUGGUUUCCUGGUGCUAUGAUGCGGACUGUCCUAGGUGAACCGACUGGGACGUCGAUCAAGUUUGCGUCCAUGAUGGUGCAAGCUCUAGAAGAAUUCCAAGAACAUCAUGGGGUCAAAUUCGACAAAGUGACACAGAUGCCACUCGAGGGUGAGGGUACCAUAAGCAAACGUGUAGACAAGCUAUACAGCGCUCUCACCUCGAAUGAAGAGUGGAUAUCGGACCUCCAUGCUGCCGAUGUUAUUUUCGUAGCCACACACUCGCAGGGCUCCAUUGUCUCUACCCAUCUCCUCGAUCGGCUCAUCCAGGAUAAACAUAUCCGGACGGCGGUGAAUGUGAAUGAAGCCGCAGAAGCGAGCGAGGUCGUGAAAGACGCGGCCAUGGAUGUGGCGAGUGGUGUCGGUGGAAUUGUGGCGCCGAGUUCGAGAAAUCUGGAGAACAAGAAGCAGAGGGUCUGCUGUCUAUGUUUGUGCGGAAUUCAUCUGGGACCUUUGAGGUAUCUGAGCUCUAGUUCUUUGGUCCUACCAUACAUUCAGUAUUUCGAGAGUACGGCGGCGAGGGAGUUGUUCGAGUUCCAGAAUACUGAGAGCCAAGUCUCGAAGAGCUAUGUUAGAGCACUGAGAAAUGUCCUCAAUCAUGGGACCAAGAUGGUGUAUACAGCCUCGCUAAACGACCAGGUCGUACCGAUCUAUUCCGGAAUCUUUCACGCUGCCUCGCAUCCCCUCAUUCUGAGAGCACUCUACAUCGAUGGAGAUGCCUAUCAUUCAACUGACUUCUUGUCGAACCUUCUGGUCCUACUUCUACGGAUUUUGAACUCGGGGCUCUCGGAUAGUGGCCUCUUAGUUCACUUGUCGGAGGCCACGGCCGGUAGUUUGAACGGCGUCGGUCAUUCAACUAUCUACGAGGAACUUGGGACUUACUCCCUUGCAGUGAACUACCUGUUCCUAACGAAUGACGGUCUCGAAGAACAUCCAGAAUUAGUCGUGGAACCUUUCAAUGCCAACACCGAACAAAAUGACUACGAGAUUCCCUGGGCGUUGCGCGAUUUGAUCGCAGAUGAGCGUGUCGCCUACUUCUUCGGGAAGGCGUUUGCAGACCUGAAGACUGCGUUUCCUCAUUGGCACCCAAAGACUACUAUACUUAGAGAUAUCAAGCGGAAGCUUCAGCCCAUACAGCGGCUAAGCAACAUCGCUGCGUCUUAUAUGGACUCGACCUCGCUUAAUAGCAAGCUUUAGCCUAUGGCACGGGCUCUUUUCAUUUCCCUUCCCUCUUUUCUGAUCGUUCCACUGUAUCUACAUACUGCACGCAUACAUCACAUUCUGUCACAUCGUCCCAAUUGUUCAGUUUCACUUGCACUCUGUUGGUUUUUUCACUCGAUACAUGUCGUUAAGGGAGAUUUUGUAUUCUGUUGUACCUAUAGUAUAUAGACGCCUGCUCUCAUACCAAUCAAAGGUCUCGCCGCACGUACAUUAUUGCAUACACAUCUGGCAAUGC